AUGAUGAUGAACACAUCGGUUAUAGUCAUUGUGUUCAUCUCAGUCCUCUGUUUUUUGUCUCUGCCCUCACCAGCCCUCUCAGAUGCCGAAUGCAAUUCCGAUGACCUGAAAGUGAUACAGGAAAUUCAAGCAUUCUGGAUAAAGUACAACGUCAAUCUCAACGCUGUCGGCUUUACAUACGAAUGCGACCGAGAUACUGGCCGGAUUAUUCAGCUCGAGGUUUUCAGCGGCAACAUCUCCGCCCCAAUCCCACCCCCGAUCGGAACAAGCUCACCGGAAGCAUCCCGGAAUCUUUUGGACACUGGGCCGGAACUGCACCCGACAUUUAUCUCUCCCACAACAAUCUCACCCGGCCCUGUUCCGGAAUCAUUUGGGAAUUUGAACUUCUCCAUCGAGAUUGACUUAUCGAGGAACCAACUCGACGGGGAUCCGUCGUUCUUGUUCGGGAAGAGCAAGACAGUUCAAUCCAUCGAUUUGUCGAGGAACAUGUUCGAAUUCAAUUUCUCCAAAGUGGAGAUUCCAGUAAACUUGACGUAUUUGGACUUGAGCCACAAUAAGAUCUUUGGGAGUCUUCCACAGGGGUUGACUGAAAUGAGGUUGGGAUCUCUGAAUGUGAGUUAUAACAGGCUGUGCGGUGAGAUUCCACAAGGUGGGGAAUUGCAGAGCUUCCAAUUCCAUGAGUAUUCUUUUCUACACAACAGAUGCCUCUGUGGCGCUCCUCUUCCUCCCUGCAAAUGA